UUACAUUUUCACGACGGUCCCUUGGGAGAAAGCACGCCACGCCACGUACGUCGUUGUAGGCGUCCUUUUACUUUCAGGAAAGUCGUUGGCGAGAAAACAAGAAGGCGGUUGGUAGUCUAGCGAUCUGUGUGUUACAAGGAAGAUCCGUGGCUAAAUCAACGGCUGCUUGUCUUGUGACCUGUGCUGAAGUUGAGCGACAGAGAUGGAGGAGACCGGGGGAGUUGGUGGCGCUAGUGCGUACGGAGCUUCGCUCGCAGGCGGUGGCUUCGACUUUCACAAGUUUGCUAAACAACCGCACACUAUCGUGCGCUUCUUGAGUUGGAUUUUUUCCAUCGUGGUCUUCUCCUGCAUCACGGCGGAGGGAUUUGUCAACAGAUCGCACAGUCCCGACGCGCAUUGCGUCUUCAACCAGAAUGACUCGGCGUGUCACUACGCUGUGGGCAUCGGUGUCAUAGCCUUCCUGGCCUGUUUUUUCUUCCUCUUAUUGGAUGCCUACAUGCCGCUGAUGAGCAACGCAAAGGAGAGGAAGUACGCUGUCAUGGCCGACUUGGGAUUCUCAGUUGUGUGGACGUUCCUGUGGUUCGUGUGUUUCUGCCUCCUGACUAGCCAAUGGAGUCGUACGAUUGAUGUCAGAGGAAUCCCCCAGGACGCCGCCCGCUCCGCCAUUGCCUUCUCUUUCUUCUCUAUCGCCACCUGGGGAAUCCUAACCUACUUCGCUUUGGGGAGAUAUCGCCGUGGUGUUGCCGAUGUCACCCAGAGCAUCUAUGCCGAGUCUCCGCCGGAGCAGCACACCCCUUACCCUCCGACCUACGCCCCCUCGGCCUACACCCCCACCACCUACUCCCCGUACCCUUCCAGCGCGCCAGACGACUUCCAACAACCCCCCUUCACCCCCAGCACCACCCAACCCCAGGGGGAAUACCAACCCCCCAACUACUGAGGGGCUCCGCGGUGAAGUUUCCCCUAGGUACAGAUCUAGGAUCAGCUUCACUUCCCCCAUUCCUAACCUUAACCAUUAGUGGGGGAAAUGCAAAACUGACCCAAGAUCAGUGUCUAGGCCAAGGGGCAAUUUCACCAUGCCAUUACUGGGAUAGAAUUAUGGAGAAAGGAAGUGGAAGCUCCUUAUCACCAGACCUGGGUUCAAAUACUAUUUGAAAUAUUUGUUUUGCUUUUGUCUGUCUGGAGUGCAAGGUGGGUGGGGUUUUCACUCUGUCAACGUUUAUAUUGGUUUAAUUUGCAACAGGGAAACUGGAUGAAAGCACAGACCGAUAAAGUAUUUGAAAUGGUUUUAAAUAGUGUUUGAACACAGGUCUGCUCACUACUAAUUCAGUGGAUGAUGUGGUUUAAAGCAGACUUCUACCCUGAGACAGGCGCGGGGGCAAAAGUCAGGUCCUGGUCACGUGACACUGGAGCUCACAUGAUUUGGGAUAUGCGAAAAACAGCCAAUGAGAGCUCUCGUGGGAGGGGCAAGUGCUUGCUUUAGCUAAUCGGUGUGCUUGUCUCCCCCCUCUCUGUUCAGAACUCUAGUCCCCUGCUUCUGUGCUCCAGAAGGAGAAUGUGUGUCUGUCAGCGGAGGCUGGUGGGAGGAAGAUAUAGGAGGACCUGCUCAUUGUAAUGGCUGGGAUGGAAUUAAUGGAUCGGUAUCAAAUAUGGAAACCACAUGUUUGACUCGGUUCCAUUUAUUUCAUCCCAGCCAUUAGUGAGCCGAUCCUCCUAUAUCUUCCUCCCGCCAGCCUCCUCUGGUGUCUGUACAUACUAGAUAUUCAUAGUUGAAACGCCAAUUCUUUGAAUGGCUGUAGUGUCUUUUAAAAAAAACAUUUUAUCUUUUUGUUUUCAAUUUAGCACAAUUAUCUUGAUGACAUGCAAGCACAUGUUUUAUUCAAUGUCAAAAAAGUAUGUUUAUUUAAUUGACCAGUGUAUCGUGAGACUACUGAAUUCUACAGGAUAAGCCAAAUGCCCAAGAAAGCCUUACUAUUAAUGUCCUAUGUAAACUGCUGGGUUUUUGUCCCACUUCAGGAGCUGUAAGCAGACUUUGACGGUGUCCCAAAUGGCACCCUAUUCCCUUUAUAGUGCACUACUUUUGACCAGGACCCAUAAGGCUCUGGUUAAAAGUAGUGCACUAUAUAUAGGGGAUAGGGUGUCAUUUAGGAUUCAGGCUACAAGUCCUUUCUCAUAACUCUUAGACCCUGUCUAUCUGAUAACAGUCAAGGUAAAGCCAUAAAAAGCCAAAGGGAAAAAACACAUUAAACCACCCAUUGAAAACAA